AGCCUUCGCUUCCAGCGGGCCACCUGCAGGCCGGGCACCCUCCGCGGAGCGCCGUCCAGCCGCUCCCGGCCUCGGUAGGAAGCGGAAGGGCCGGCGGGGCCGGGAGCGGGCCGGGACCCGCCGGAACCGCCGCCGGGAACCCCCGGAACACCCAAUGGGCGCGGAGCCCCCCCGCGGGGCGGGCUGAGGCGGCGGGGCCGGAGCGGGGCCGGGCCGGGGCGAUGUUGCUGCGCCUGGUGCCCGAGUUCGAGCUGCGGAGGGACGUGGUGCCCUGGCUGGCGGCGCAGGGCUGGCCCGCGGCUCUAGAUACUUCUGAGAAUUCAUCAGCACUAUAUAUUGUAAAUGUCGAAAGAAAUGGAAAAAUUAUUUAUACCUGGAAGGGAAGUCAGAGAAAUACUCAUAUUGGAUUGUACGAUCUUCAAAGUAAACAAAAUGAGCACCUCUAUACAUUUGAGAAGGAUCUACACAUAAUCAGCUGUUCGGUCAAUAAUGAAAGGACAUUAUUGGCUGUCAGCUUCCGACACUAUACAGAGGAUGAAACAGCAAGUCAGCUAUUACAGUCAGUAUCCAAGUAUUUAACCCUGCUAAUUGAAAUUCAUCCCAUUAAUAAUGUGAGAGUCCUGAAGGCUGUGGAUAGCUGUGUUCGAGUGCAGUUUCUUUAUCCAGUUGAAGACAGAAAUGCUUCUACAGAAAGUCGCCUCUUGCUAGUUUCAGAAGAUAAAUAUAUUGAACAGUUUGACAUUCGUGUUGUUGCAGAAGAACACAAAGUGGUGAUUCAAAAGUCAGGUCAGCUUCCAAGAGCCAAAGUUGCAGAUGAUCUCGUUUGGGCACAGUGGGAUAUGAUGGAACAGAGGCUCUUCUACAUUGUUCCAAAGGAAUCAAAGAGUACUUUAAGGUGUGUCCAGUUUUAUCCUGAUGAAAAUUUUAACUCAAUACUGGAAUCACACCUGGAUAUUUCCCUAAAUGACACACAAUUGAAACUUGUGAAUUUUGGAUAUGAUUACUGUCAGGACCAAGAUGUUGCAUCUAAAUCUUUGAACCUUCAGGUUUUUACAAGUAAAGCAGGAGGCUUGUGUGUGUGUUGUAGUCUAGCCUGUGAUACUCCUGAUGAAAUCACGUACUCCAUAUAUUUUUUACAUAAAGGUUACAACAAAACUUUUACAGUUUCUCUAGAAAGGACAGAAUCUCAUCAAUUGAAGGAAGUAGCUUUUAUGAAUCUUGACUAUUACGUGGCUGCUUAUUUGCCUGGCCAGUUCCUGCACCUCCUGAAUAUUCAACAUCCUGACCUGCUGUGCCAUAGUUUAUUUCUGACAGGUGAGGAUGCAAGAAUUGACACGUUACAAAAUUAUCCCAUCCGAUCCCCACUCGUGUCAACAAUUUUGGAUUGCGAAGCAGGGAGUCUGUAUGCUGUAAGCAUCAGUGACAGCACCUUGCUGCAGCUCCUACAGAAGAGCAAACAAGACAGUGAGAGAUUGGCAGCUCUACAUUGUGCUCUGCUCUACUUCCAACACACAGAAGAUUUGGAAAUGCAGAUUAUUCGGUGGAUUUCUGAGAACCUGUCGACAUGUCAUUCUUUUGACCCCAUUCAGGAAUUUAUCGUCGCCUCCCUGUACUGCAGAAUGUGUCCAGAAACUCAAAACCUGGAUAAACUUUUGCCCUACACAUCAUUGCUUGACUGGAUUGGGGUUGUGCCUGGAGUAAUAUGUGCAACAGACAUUAUUUCCCUACCUGUGUUAGAGUUCCAAAACUCCAAAGGCUUCUGGGAGAAACUCAACUCAAACUUGGAGAGUGUGAAGUAUGCAGAGCCACAGUUGCACUACCACAAUAACGUGCUCAGGAGGGAAUGGCGUAACCUUUCAGAAGAGAGAGAAGAGAGAAGAACCACAGCAUAUUUGAGGAAUAUUUUUGAAAAUGCCAAAAAGGUGCUUUCUCAUCUGGACACUUGGGACUCUGAGGCGAGGCUCGUACCUCUCUUUGAAGAGGAGGAUUAUCAGCAGCAAUUACUAAUGGGACUGAUGGUUGCUCAGCUAAAGGAUCACCUUAUGAGACAUCUACAGUAUGUAGGAAAAAAGAAGAUUGACCAGAUAGUUUUGGAUUACGUUGCAAACCUGCUGAAUCUGAUACAUCGAAUAAUGAAAGAAGUUUGGAGGAGAUACCAGCUUCAUUCCUGCGUCUUCUGCUUUGACGAAAGAGGAAGUGCAGGAGAGUUUGCGGUGUUCCACAUCAUGAGUCGGAUUCUGGAAGCAGCAAAUGGCAUGUGCAUGCCUUUACCUCCUGGUUUUCACACUCUGCACUUGGGUCUUGGUGUUCGUUGUCUCCCUCUGCACACCCUCCUGCACUACAUUGAUAUUGGAGUCUUGCAGUUGACAGAAACGUGUGUCAGGAAGUUGCUGAAAGAUCUGGAUGACACUGAACAGAAUGAAAAGCUGAAAUUAAGUAUUGUCAUGAGGCUUCCUGAGGCUCUUGGUCAGAAGGUCCGCCAGUUUUGGAAUCAUCCCAUAAAUGCAAAUUUAAUUGCACGGAAAUAUGUUAAAGUUUUGCUCGAGAACCUGGGGAACAGGCAGUGCAGCAGGUCUAUCCCUGAGAGAUUCUCAGUCCCUGUGGAGUUUUUGCCACUGAACUACCUGACGAGUAUGUUGACAGAGAUAGAGAAUCAAGGUGUGCAUCCAUAUGAAAAACAAGACCAUGUUAAUGCAAGAUUUGUAGAGGAAAUGGCACUCAAGCACACUAUGACAUUUUUGGGCCUCAAAUAUUCGUGAAACGUUGUGCUGUUGAAGAAGUCUGUUGAACUGUGGUGCUUGUGUAAAAGUAUUCACUUAAAUGCCAUGUUGUUUCCCAAAUCACCUGCAGUUUUGGGUAGCUGCUGGUGCUGACAUGAGCUACUCAAAACAAUGUUGAGUCCAACAUACUAAGGUUGAAAUUACUGACUUCUAGAUAAAUCCUUGAGAAAUGCAUUUGACACAAACCCAAGUUUGAAAUGUAUCUAUGGUUUCAUUUUGAAGUCGUCAAGUAAGUGGAAUGACAGCGGGUAUCAAAACAUGCUGUGAAAAUUGGUAUUAAUGGCACAUAUUUUAACAAUACAAUCCUGGGAAAGGCAGUCCAGUUGUACAGAAAGAAGAACCAGUAACUGUUUACUCAGAUUAAUAAAAGGAUUUCUUGGUGUGAUUAUGUAAAGCAGGCAAGAAUAACAAAUCAGUUUUGUGUCAGGCAUCAGUAAUGAUGUAUUCUUUCCUUUUAGUGGUCAUCAGUUACCUUAUGGUACUUCUGCCUCUGGAGCUGCAUUGUAAUAUUUUCAGUUUUGUAAUUAACACAAAAUAUCAUCUCCUUAAAGUGCAUGUGAAAGAUUUUGUUGUGGGUUUUUUGUCUGUUGGUUUUGAGUUUUUUUAAAGAUAUAUAUAAAAUAUUGUAAGCAAUACAGGAUAAAAACAGAGCUUUUGAAAUUUAUCUUAGCAGUAUCUUGGACAGAGUUUUACAUAAUUCCUUCUUACAACUUCUAGUGUUACAGUUCAAACCUCAGCUUCAGAAAGAAGCUUAGGGAGGCUGUUUUUCCUUUGUUUUUAACUUUUAUUUGUACAUUACUGAGCCAGUAUUGUUUGUUCUUUUGUUUUAAGUUCUGAACUGUGACAUUAAUUUAAAAUGGUAAUAGUGGUUUGCUAUGCAGAGAAAAUUGUCAGGUUCUGCCAUGCAGGAUUUUCUGCAGUCUUUAUUGGAUUUUACAACAACUCUACAAAAUUUCAGCCUAUUAAACUAGAGAAACUCAUUAACAAUUUGAUAAAUUUUGGAGGUUUUGAAUAAUAACCUCUGAUAUUUUCUCUUAGUAGUUUCCACUGAUGCUUCCUCUUCCUUACCACUGAAAUAAAAAGAUCUGGUUCCUGGGAGUGACUCUGCAAGUUCAUGGUCACUCUCUUGUCCUUGCCAUCAGGGAAGCUUUAGCUUUCUCAGUGACUGCAUAGUGAGAAGGAAUAUUUUUCUCAAUAUAAUUAGAAUUUCUCUGGGAAGUGUAAACUCCAGCCUUAGACUGCAGAAAGCCAUGUUGGUGUGUAAGUGGUGGCCACUUUGUUCAUAUUAUAUUAAUAAGAGAAGAUUUUCUAGCCUUUUCUUUUUAAUGAAAUGUAUUACAACAUAUCCUCAGAUGCAAUAAAACUCUACCUGGAAAAAAAAAAAGCAUAGCAUGAUGACCACUAACUUUUCUUAACACUUUAAAAUACUGCACUCCAUUUGGGAUACCGGGAGAAGAGGCUUUGGAUCACCGACUAGUUAACUGUGCUUCUGGCAUGAAAAAAUACUUUGUUUUCAAUAUGGAAUUUGGCUGAACACUAACAGACAUUCCUUCAGUGCAGUGUAAAUGCUUCUGACCCUUAGGAUUCAGCAGCUAGAAUGGCUUCUCCUGCUUCAGGUGCUGUCUGUUGAGGUUUCAGAUGGCUGUGCAGUAGAUUUGCUGAAAUGUCUCCGAUCUGAACUGGAUUCACUUGGUCUGAGAGGAGCCACAGCACCAUGGGGCCUUGGGAAUGGGGGACUCUGUUUCUCAUCUGGGAUAGAGGUGGUUGGGCAUUGUUGGGCUGUUGUGUGGGCAUGGCCAGGCACUGCGUCUUGUUCCUCCUCUGUAGGGUCCUGUCAGAGAAACACAGUGUGAUCACAUAGGCAUUGUGUGCUUUGGAACUCCAGUGCUCUCCUGAGCCAAUGUACAGAAUCUGUGACAAAGGAAACACCAUUAGUCUAAUCCUUGGCAAGCCAGGAAAGCUGGAGGGGUAUUAAAAGCAUGAGGUUUUGACCAUGUAGAUGGGAGUUUGUCCUUUUAAACAGUUGACAGUUUGAGCCUGUCAUGCUUUCAUUAUUUGUGAAGAAAACAGAUUAGAGGAACUUUUAAAAGCCAUAAUAAUUGUAGACAGAACGUCUCGGGAACAAUUCUGUUCCUGAAUACAGUUACUGCAGUAAGCUUUUAUGCACAGUACUGAAAGGAAACUGAGUCACAGCGUGAGGAGAAGGGUCAAUGACAGAGAAGAUUCUUAUUCUAAACCAUUAUUAUUCUGUAGGAGCUCUCUGCUCUGGGAUCACUGACUGUCUCAAGGACAGAGGCAGCAUCCAGCAGGGUAGGGUUUGAAGGACUAUUUGAUGUGCUGCCCUGCCUAUCCUCAGUGUCUUGCUGAGCAAUCUGAUUUCUUGCUGCUUCUGAUCUGGUGCUCAUUGCAUCCGUUAUGUGGGAGAUGCUAAACUUAUUUCUCCUGAAUACCACACCCCACCUUUUGCAGCUUUACCUUGAAAUCCAGUGGAAAGCAGUAUUCCACUGCCUCACCCAUCAGCCACAACAUGGUCACACAAACUACUUUAAUAAUCCAAGGUGACAUUUUUAGUAUAUGAUCUCCUAAAGACUGAAUAACCCGCUCUAAGCGGUGUUGCCAGACUAAAGCUCCACAAACACACUUUAGGAGUUGUCUCUGUCUGUACCAUGAUCUGCAGCAGCUCCUGGAGCUUCAUGUUUGCCGGUGAGCAGCUCCACGUGGAGCCAGCACAGCUCUUUUGGAAAGAACAGUUAAGAGUAGUGAAGGGAUGGGUCUGAACACCGAAUUGCAACGCGUGACAAAAACUUACUUCAGCUCUGUCUUCAGCUGCUGCUUUGUGUGUCUUGUCACUGCCUAGGAUCUUCAACCAUUCCUUUUCUGUUUCCUUAGGAGGGGGGAGACCUUGACUUAUCCUCCAUGAAGCAGUCAUCACAAAUUGUUCUUUUUCUCUCAUUUCCUGCUGAAGUUGAACGACAAGUGAUUGCCUCAUGGUCAACUCUGCAAUAAGAGCCCUCCUCUCCUUGGUUUUGUCCUUUAUCUUCCUCUGCAGUUCACUUAUCUGAAAUUCAAAACAGCUGCAUUGUAGUUAGGGUUUCCUUUUAGGCACUUACUGGGCAUGACACUUAGGUCAGCAUUAGGUGUCUGAAAACAAGUUCAACUUGACAAGGUUUUAAAUAUGUAUGGAACAUACUUGAAAAUUACUUCAUUUCUGUAAGCACUUGGAACCACAGAAAUUGGCAGCUCAAGAAGUCAGAUUUACUCCAAUAUGAGACACAGAAAAGCACAUUUGUCAUUGCCUCUUGCCCUUUUCAGCUGGACAGCAAUAUUCCCCCUGCCCUCAAAGGCCCAGGACCCCAAUUCUCUUUGAGUUUAUGCAUGGUUAACUUUGUAAUAAAGGUGAAAUAAGGCCAACUCUUAUAAGAUAAUUUAGUGAUAAUGCAGGUGCAGAGGGGCUGUGGGUUGUGGCAUUAUCCUCACAAGGGACACAGCUGAAAAGGAAUGUGACAGGAAUCCUUGAGUCUGACUGGAGUGGUUUAAAAAAACCCAAGAAAACUUAAAAUACUCUUUAAGUGACUAAUAGGGAAUUGGGAGAGUCAGAGUACUUGUGAAUGUAACUUUUGGCAUGCUGCCAUUGUUACAGUAGUUUAUUAGCCCAUGGCCAUCAUUUCACAAACACAUGACCAGGAUAUUUCUCUGUCUGUGGAAAAUGAAAGAUUGAUAAUAAAAAUCUGUUUCGUUUUAA